UUCAAGACUUCAAACAGAAUAUUGGAUGACAUUAGAGCUGAUUUAUUAUUUUUACUAGAUGAUAAUGAAGAAGAGUUACAAAAUGGGAUAUUGAAGAAAUCUCCAAUUUCAUAUGCAUCCAAGUUGAGUGGUCAUAAAUCAACCCCAUAUGAUUUGCUGCUAUUGAAUCAAUCUUAUGAGUAUGCACCAAGUAUAGAGCAUCGUCGUUCCAAAUCGAAUCCGAAUGAUAAAAUCACCAUCAUUAGAGCACUGUUGUACAGUUCUAGAGAACCAUCAUUAUCACGUACCAAAAUAUAUCAUGUCAAAUUACUCAUAAAGAAUAAAGAUUCAACAAGCGCUAUAUCAAUACCAAAGAAUGAAUUUCAUCUAGUUGAUGAAUUAAAUGAACAAGACGCUUUGGAUUUAGUUUCAUCUAAAUUAGCACAGGAUUCUGAUUCUGAAAAAGUGAAAUCUGCAUUACCCAAAAUCGUGGAUGAAGCUAACUAUAUAUGUGCAGUUUCAAACAAGAUUGUUAGAAUUGAAAUAUCAGAACCAGAGUUUGAUUUUGAUGAUUUACAUGAUUUUGAAAUGGGUCCAAUUAAUGUUAGAUAUACAAAAGCUUUAGAUACAUACCCUGGAUUGAAUAAAGAAAUUCCUUCACCUGCUCAAUGUUUGCAUACUUUGUUUAAAGCUAUUAGAGGUCCAUUGGUUUUGAAAUCCACUGAGGAACAUAGAACAAUUACAGCCACAAACAAAGCAUUGAAUUCCAACAUAAAUCCAAAGAUAUUGAUCAAAAGAUUACAAUUUGAACUUGAUGAUGGUGAAUUUGACCCUCCAAAUAUUUCAGACGUUAAUGAUAGACAAUCAUCUAUAAUAAGAGAAUCAUAUAUUAGAAAAAUAUUAGAGAUUAUGUUACUAGGAAGAAAAUCAUUUUCUGGCUCAUCACAAAAUCCAUUCAACCAAUUUGAUUUUACAAAUUCAUCAAAUCUGAUAUUCCAUGAAUUGGGUGAUAACGGUUCAAUCAAUAAUCAUGAAUUUCUUAAAGAUGAAAGUUUUAUAAAUAUUUCUGCUUAUCCGUUCUAUAGCGAUGAUCUAACCAUUAAUUGUUAUGACAGAACUGUUAAAUAUGAUCCUAAAAACACACCUAUCUACUUUGAUUCAUUGAAGAGCAUAAACACCAGAAGAGCAACUUAUAACCUAAGCACAUAUGUUUCCAAAUUGAUUUCAUUGAAUGUUAUUGGUCAGAAAGAUAUUGAUAAUGCUUAUAGAGCUUUAAGUAUUGAACCAUCUCAAGCGGAUCAAAUCAGUGAUGAUCUCUUGUUGACGAUGUAUAAAAAUGAGACUGCUAUUCAUCCAUUAGAUGGUAAAUUAAGAACUUCAUUGAUAACAUUAGCUUUCCAAAGAGAUAGUGAGAAAUUAAAAAGAUAUUUAACUUAUGAGCCAUUGCCAUUGAACCAAGCUUAUGAUGUAUUGGAAGUUGAUGCUGCAGUUGAUGAUGAUGUUAUCACUACUGCUGCCUCUGUGAAGAAAAUUGAUAAACCAAAUGAAGCUGAAUUAAUUGAUAGGGCCUUUUUAACAGUCGCUACUGAACGGAAAAGUUUCUCGUUAUUAGAUCAUAUGGAGAGAGAUAACCCAGAUAUUUAUGAUCCAAUGACUUAUAAAGAAGCUUGUGAAUACCUAGGUGUUGAUGAAAUUGCCAAUGAUUUCCAAGUUAUUACUAUUUUCCAAAUGGGUAAUAGAGAGAUCAAAAGUGCAAGAAAUGCAUUAAAAACAAUCGGUGAAGCUAAACAUAGUAAGCUUAUUGAUUCAUUCCUACAAACUGGAUUAAUUGAUCAUAAUUCACUACCUGCUGAAAAUUGGCCAGUUGGGUUGAAUAAUAUUGGUAAUACUUGUUAUUUGAAUUCUUUACUACAAUAUUAUUUCAGUAUCAAACCAUUCAGAGAUGCUGCUUUGGAAUUCCAUGACAUCUUUGGUGGUGAGUCUAUUUAUAAAGAUAGAAGAAUUGGUGGUAGAUUAGUUGGUGAUGGUGAAGUUGAAAGAUCUUUCCAAUUUGUUUAUCAAUUGAGAGAUUUAUUUCGUGAACAAAUCCAUUCGGAUAAGAGAUGUAUUACACCAAAGAAGGAAUUGGCUUAUUUAGCUUUUUUACCAAGUGUUGCUGAAGUUGAAUUUGAAAAAGAAGGGACAAAGAAAUCCAAUGAUAAUAAUGCUGAUUUAUUUUAUAAGGGGAAUCAUCAAGAUGAUGCAAUUCUGAUUGAAUCUACUUCAACAGUGAAACCAAAAGCUGAAGAAAUAGCUUCCAGUGGUGAUGCUGAUAAAACAAUGACUGAAGCUGAAGAUGAAGAUGAAGAAGAUGAUGAUGAAACUCCAGAACAAAAAAUUGCUAAAGCUACCAAAGCUGCUAAAAUUUCAGAAACAGAGAUGGAAACUGCUUAUGAAAUUGGAAGACAACAAGAUGUUACUGAAUGUAUUGGUAAUGUUUUAUCCCAGGUUGAAGCUGCUUUGAAACCUGAAGGAUUUGAUGAAGAUGAUAAUGAACAACAAGACCUUGUUAAGAAUUUGUUUUUCGGUAAAACUGUUCAACAUUUAACAGACCUGACAAACCCAUCAAAUAAAAGAGAUAAAGUUGAUAGAUUCUCCAACCUUUUUGUCAAUAUAACUGAUCAACCAAGAAAUAUUUAUGAAGCUUUUGAUAUUUUGUUCAAGAGUGAAGAAGUUAAUAUUGAUGGUGGUCCAUAUAAAAGAUCUGAAAGAAUUACAAAAUUACCAAGAAUAUUACAAGUUCAAAUCCAAAGAGUUUAUUUUGAUAGAAUUAAGCUUCGUCCAUACAAAAGCAUUGAACCUUUACCAUUCCCUGAAACAUUGUACAUGGAUCGUUAUCUAGAUACAGAUAAUCAAGAAAUCAUCAAAAGAAGAGAAGAAGUUGAGAAUUGGAAGUCUGAAAUUAAAACUUUACAAGAUCGUAAAACUAGUUUGUUAACCAAAAAUCAACAAGGUAUCACGUUUAGGGAUUCAUUGAUUAGUACUAAAGAUUGGUUGAAAGAUCAAGAUUUUGGUAAACCUGAAACUAUUGAAGUAUUGGAAAAACAAGUUAAAAAGAUUGAUGAUGAAUUAAUAAAUAUUUAUCAAAAGACACAUGAACUAGAAAAUAAAAUUGAUCAUCAUUUUGAUUCUUUCCAAAAACAUGGUUAUUCCAUUUUUGCAAUUUUCAUCCAUAGAGGUGAAGCUAAUUAUGGUCAUUAUUGGAUAUAUAUUAAGGAUAAAAAAAGAGGAAUGUUCAGAAAAUAUAAUGAUGAAAUAGUUUCUGAAGUUUCAACAGCUGAAGUUUUCAAUUUUGAUGAAGGAAACACCGCUACACCUUAUUUCCUUGGUUAUGUUGCCCAGGGACAUGAAGAUGAAAUUGAACCUUUGUGCAGAGUU